AUCGCGCAGCGUAGUGUCUAGUGUCGCCUGUCGCGUUGUCUUUUCGCGAGUGUGAAAAUCUCGAUACGACGCGGGGGUACAUUGGCGGCAACAGGAGGGAGAGAGAAGGAGAGAGGCGCGUCCGCCCGCGUAACAGGGUCGUCGUCAUCUUCGUUGAGAUCCUCGAGACUCGAGAGUGUGAAUUGUGAACAAGUCAUUCGGCUACGAUCGAUCGGCAGCCCGCAGUAACCGAGAUAUCGGUACGAGCUACGUCGGGGCGAAACGAGACUCCGAGUAUCCGGUAUCGGCAUCUCGUCACUCGUCAUUCACGUUUGUGGCGCGACUCGACUCGAUUCGACUUCGGUCAAAGUGUUGGGAACGCAACGCGUUUCGCGAUUCUCGCUAUUCGAUCGUUUGGCUGGCUAUGUAAAAAAAACCGUUUACGGCGAAAACGAACAAGGCGCAGCGACUCUCUACGCACACACGGCUCUCCCCAUGAACUCGUGACAGAGUGCAACGACGAGGAAGCCGAAUCGGGGCAGAGAGCGUGCACAGGAGAUAGCCGCUAUUAAUCGACGGGAAAUCUCGGUCGUCGCGACGAGAGGGAGAGACGAACGACAACGACCAAGAGCGGCGAGCGAGAGGACAGAGCGUUGCACGCGAGACGGAGACAACGGAAGAAGAGUGAAAGGGAAGGAGAAAGGUAGAAAGAGAGAAAGAGAGAAAGAGAGAAAGAUAUACGGAGCGCUUGUGCAUACGUGUGUGUAUGCGCGCUUGAGAGCCGUCGAGAGCCGCCUUGCGCGAGCGACAGAGAGAGAUAGAUAGAACGACAAAGAGGAGGCAGAAGAAUUAUCGAGUGAAUCCACAGGAGAGGAUACUGCGUUCCGCGAGCGAAGCGUGGGGUAUUCAGGAGGCACAAGAGAUCCGUCUCACUGAAAGCAAAUCGAAGCAAAACGUGGCGGAUUCGGUGACCCUUCGACUGUGACCAGGCCCACAGAUAGUAGUUAGGGCAAGGAGAUGCGUGAAUAUAAAAUAGUGGUGCUGGGCAGUGGAGGUGUAGGCAAGUCCGCCCUCACUGUCCAAUUCGUGCAGGAGAUCUUCGUAGAGAAGUACGAUCCGACCAUCGAAGAUAGUUACCGUAAACAAGUCGAGGUCGACGGUCAACAAUGUAUGUUAGAAAUCUUAGACACAGCCGGCACAGAACAAUUCACAGCCAUGAGGGACCUUUAUAUGAAAAAUGGGCAGGGCUUCGUAUUAGUAUAUUCAAUAACAGCACAAUCGACCUUCAACGAUCUGCAGGAUCUCAGAGAACAAAUAUUACGGGUAAAAGACACAGAUGACGUACCGAUGGUGCUAGUAGGCAACAAGUGCGACCUGGAAGACGAAAGGGUAGUAGGAAAGGAUCAGGGUGUCAACCUUGCUCGGCAAUUCAAUUGUGUGUUUAUGGAGACCUCUGCCAAAGCUAAAAUUAAUGUUCGCGAUAUUUUCUACGACCUGGUGCGGCAAAUAAAUAAAAAAUCACCAGAGAAAAAGAUGAAGCAGAAAAAGAAAUCGCUGUGCCUACUUUUAUAAGGUAGAUAUGGCGGAGCCCAUACUCUCCUACAUGAAAAUCCGAAGAUACCAGUGGUUAAAAAAAAAAAAAAAGUUUGGAAUGGUUAUAAAUCAAGAAAAAUACUAAUGACAAAAGAGGAGGAGGGGGCUGACAGAAUAUUAAGUGUGAAAGUAGAGAAUGGGAGUUUAAGAUAUCGAAAUCCAGACGGUUGUAAAAUGACAGGGGAAUGAGGGCAUAAGGUAAUGCAACGGAAUGAAGAACGAAGAGAUACGGAAUAUAGAAAGCAACACAGCGAUAAGCGAAAGAGGAUAUUGUAUAUACGUUGGUUCCGGGGUGGCUCGUGUGCACGCGUAAGCAAUGGCGCACAAAGUAGGGAUACGAGACCCCGCAGCAUCGGUUAUCAUUGUAGGAGUUUUGCAUGAAUAAAUGAAAAAAAAGAAAUAAU